AUGGCCGAAGACGAACAUGCUAUGUCCGUGGCCAUUGUGCUAAAGAGCCCCCGAGUGGGGGGCAAGUUUGAAGUGCCGACGGAUUGCGAGGGGGAAGACGCUAGCAGGGAGGGGGACUUGGCCGAAGAGCCGACUUUGGUCCCCGAACUCCACGCUACGGAGGCACUCGCUAAGAAGCAGCGCCUCUUGCUCGACAAGGCCUACCGCCUCGCAGAUCAGGGUUUCGGGCCUCUAGAGCUUGCCUCGCUAGACCUGGACGAGUCUACGGCAAUGGCGCACCAGCUGGCUACGGAGCUAAAUCUCCCCUUUGGAGACUGGCUAGUGGACGCCCUUUACUGCUGGCUGCAAGAGGCCCGCGAGGAAGCUAAGGUCUACAAACGGGCCCAGGGCUACUACAGCGACGAUCUGGCGUGGAUGUCGCUAAUGCCGCCUAUGGAGCUGCCUGAUGCUAAGGGCGUGGGCCCGCCGCUACGUGAGCGCAAUCGGAAGCUCAUCGAGGACGGCUGCAGCGUGCAAGCUAGGGAGGAGCGGCUACUGGACAUAUGGUGUCGCAAGCUUCGCGACGAGCUCCAGCUAAUCAAUGCGCCGGUGCUGGUAUCGAUACAGGGCAGCCUGGAUCCGGACCGGGCCGCUCUCUUGCUAACUGGGAGCACCAGAGCCUCUAUGCUGAAACGCUAUCUGGGCUACUACCGACAGUGGCGACUGUGGCUGGGAGAGGCGAAGCUAAGGCUCCCACCUGGGAGACCCUCCGACUUGGUGGACUACCUGCUAGCCCGCCGUGAUGAGCCAUGCGGCCGCUGGGUGCCAGAAGCUAUUCUGAAAGCUAUCGCCUGGGUGGAGAAGGUCGCUGAGUUCGAGGAGAUGCUACGUGCCACCCAUGGCCGUCUGGCGUGGGCCGCUAAAGACAAGAUCACCGAGAUCCUGUCUGAGGGAGCGCGUCUCAUCAAGAGGGCCCCGCGCCACCCGGUCUUUAUGCUGAUGCUGCUAGCGGCAGUGGUCAUCGACGUGGGGCACGCUAUUGGCUGGAAGAUUUGGGCCUGGGCCAAGCUGAUAAAGGUCUGGGCCUCGCUACGGGUCGGACCUGCAAGCUAUCAUCCCCGCCGAGCUCUCGCUAGUGGAGGGGAGGCUUUCCACCGUGCUAAGGCGAACCAAGACAUCGGGAGCAACUGGCUGAAGGUGGGUUUUGACCUCCUGCGAACCCACGCUAACUACAAGCGGGACUACCUCCUCCCGCGGCUAAACCAGGACGGUCUCCUUGAGAAGAAGCCGGCCAGCUAUGCGGACGCUAUGGUGGCGACGGCGGGACUGUUGGGCAUCCUGGGCUACCGCUGGAAGUGCAGGGUGCCGCCUCAGGACAAGGACCUGCUAGGGAGGGUCGCCCGACUCCAGGCUCUCUUCGCUAAGGUGGCCAGAGGGGCAAAUCGCUACGAUCGGCUGGACGAGCGGGAGAUUGCGGCAGACCUGGUUCCAUGGCUGAUGGAACGCGGACCACCGCUAGACGACCCAGCAGCAGAGGUUAAGGUUCUGGACCGCGUGGCUCGCUAUGUCAUUGUAGAGCUACCGGGUGGCUCGCUAGCGAAUUCGGGCGACGAGUCCGGGGAGCGCAACUCCCCCGCUACGGCCUCGGGCCUUUUGCUAAAUGCUGCAGCACAGUUCGGCGUGAGACGUCUGGAGCUAAAAGAUUUAUGCCUCAGUUUUGUGCUGCUACAGGACCGCUACCUGACCUUAGGCGAACGAGAUCUGUUGGCCCGCCUCGACAACGCUAAGGUCGCUAUGGUCCACAACCAGGCGCUACGUGCUAGCAGCUGGCACGACUUCAACCAGGCCGAGAUCGACACUAUGACCGAGGCCGAGUACCAGGCCGCGCUAGCCCAGGAGCGCUUGGAGGAGCUACGCCGGGCCUCCGCUAUCAAGCUGGAGGAGGCCCAGCGAGCCAUCGCUAUGGAGCAAGAGGCGGAGGUCCGCAGCUACGAGGAGGAGAUCCAGGACGCCAGUGAUCCAGCCGCUAGGGGCUACGACGACAUCGCUAUAAGUUGGACCGAGCUCUUCAAGGACGCCAACCGCUACAUGCGCCCGCUUCGGGGCGCGCUACAGGAUGAUGGCCGCCAGCUUGCGACCGCUACGGACUGCCGUGGCGCCGAGUGGGCGGUCGAGUUCUUCGGCAGGGCCCGCCCACCGCUACAGGCACGCUGCAAUGCCUUUCCCCAAGGAGGCAACCGAGCGCUAAAGGCCAACCAGAUUUGGCUCGCUAGGGAAGUGGAAGAGCUACGGGAGAUCACAGAGGAGGCUACAGGCUACUGCAAAAGGGACGGGCCGCUCGGGGAAGCUGGCCGCUACAUGUCCACAGUCACCUGCUACAUGCAGUCCUGUCCGGUUGCCAGAAAGAAGGGGAGUGCUAGAAUGAGAGUGGGAAGGGGGACGGGGACCAGGAAGCAGGACGCGCUAGCCAAAAAGCUGGCGCUUGGCGGCUCGGCUGCCGGCGUCGUGGUGGCCUGGAAGACCGCUACUCUGCGCGUUGAGCGCCAGGCGGAGGCCGAAGCUACGAAUGAAGUGCGGGAACUCAUUGAAAAGAAGCUAGCGGAGCUCGAGUCCGGAGAAUUCCGGGCCGAGCCGCUAACGGAGAUCAUCAGCCGGGAUGAGGUCGACCCAGACACGCUAAUGCCCGACUGGGAUGCUAAAGGCACUCUUUCAACGUUGAAGAAGGGCGGGUCCAAGACCGCUAUGCCCUCGGGGCCCGAGCAGCUACGGCUGCGGCUUACCGUCCUCCAGAACGCGCUAAUCAUGAUCCAGCUAAGGCAAUUAGGCCGGGAGGAGCUCAAGGACGUUAACAUGGCGCUAUUCGAGAAGUACAAGGAGUACCUCCUUGGGGACUACUGCUACGGCCUCCGCUCCAGCGAGGACUCGGGCUCGCUAGUUCCGCCGUGGACUCUGGUGCUCCAAUACGAGCACGCUAUCCGCAAGCAUGCCUAUAAGGUCAUGGCCACAGCUGGCUAUACCUUUGGUGCCGCGCUAACCCACGCCUACAAGGAGCCCUCCGUGAAGGAGCACAACUUCACCACGCCGCUAGCUCUGCACGCUAAGCGGCCCCAGCCCUGGAUCGCUACCGCCGAUCGCCCGCCCAAGAAGCUAAAGAACGGCAAGGGCAAAGGCAAGGGCAAGGACGGCAAAGGCGCUAAGAAGCUAAAGGAGGGAUCCGACCGCACUCCGGAAGGAAACCCUAUCUGCUUCCGCUACAACGGCAAGGGUGGCUGCAAGCAAGGCGCUAAGUGCCACUUCGCGCGCUUCUGUAUGCUAUGCUUUGGGAAGCAUCCCGCUACGCACUGCCCCCAGAAAGCGGCACCGGCUAAGGUGCUCUACCUGUUUUCGGGCGUCGCCCACAAGCUAGACAUGGCUACCUGCUUGCAACAACUGGGUCCGCAGCAGCUACUUGGACCGCAUCCGCGCAAAGGAGUUGACGCCAUACUGCUGUCGCCGCGUUGCGCUAGCUUUUCCCGCGCUACCUGGGCCAACUUUCGUGGGCCGCGGCCAGUUCGCAGCUACGAGCUGCCGCGAGGACUGGAGAAGCUAACGCCAGCAGAGCGGGACCGCGCUAUCCUGAAGAACAUCUUCGCGGACUUCUCCUUUCAGGUCGCUACUCUGGUAGCCGACGGGGCUGCUGGAGCAGCCCGAGGACCUUGGAGCGCUAUCCACUGGACCGCACGAGGGGCUCCGGCCCGCCUCUAUGUGGCAGUGGCCGCAGCUAGCCGACCUUCUGGAAAAGGGACUAAGGACUGUGGCUUUUCACCAAGCAGCUUCGGGGUGCCCUACGCUAAACCUACACGCUUGCUGCUUCGCGCCUCGCUAGACAUGCCCGACUUCGUCUACGAAGGCCUGCCUAGCUACGAUGACCAAGGCUACUACAAAGGUGGCCUCACGCUAGGAGCUAUGCCGACGGAGCAGCCAGAGAAGGAAGCCUUCAAGAUGGCUGCAGGGGGCGAGCAGGGCUGCUCCCUCGCUAGUGACCCAGAGGCUCAGGCCCCUGGUGAUCCGGACCGGGAGCUCCUCCGACAGGCGGAGGAGGGGCUACCCGUGGGUGUCCUCGAUCCGCUACCGAGGACGCCCCGCGUCUUCGAAAAACAGCUAAAGUGGCCGCUGGAGAACGCACCCUGGGAGGCCUCGCUAGCGUGGGUGCCCAACUACAGCUCGGUGGCGGAGUCGCUAAGGCCAAGUUCGAGAGGACAUCGGCGAGGGGCUAUAAUGACCAAGAUGUCGCUAAAGGACUUCCUCGACCACUAUGGUGUCCACACCGCUAUCGCCGCCUUGGCCGUUAUUGUCGAGGACGAGGCUAAGGAUAAGAAGCGCGUUAUCCAUGACGCUACGCACGGGGUCCGGGUCAACCACCGGAUCAAGGAGAAGAAACACCUGCUACGCGAACACGAGGAGGCCGGGGAGGUGGCCUUCUCGGUAGUGGGGGACAUCGCUAAGGCCCAUCGCCGCUUCAAGCACGCCGCUAAGGAACACGGCUACCUGGCCUGCCAAGUGGACGCUGAAGAGGAGACUGUCUACGUUAACUUCGUGGGUACCUUCGGGCUCUCCUGCGCUAGCUACUGGUGGACACGCAUCGCUGCCUGUGGCCUCAGGCUAACCUACCAUUUGCUGGGGCCGGGUUUUCCGCUAGACAUGUUGCUCUACGCCGACGACCUGGAGUCGAUGGGUCGUGGCGCUAAGGGAAGGAGAGGCAUCCCGCUCAGCUACCUCUACCUGGCGGCGCUUGGCCUCUCGCUGAAGCGAGCUACUUGGUUGGUCGAGUGGCUCGGUGGGCUAGCCGAGUCUGGGAAGGCCCAAGCUAAGUCCUUCGUCCAGGGGCUAGGGCAGAUUCGCCUCCAUUGCGCUAGACUGGGAGAGGCCCUUCUUGGGUCCGCUGGUCCUCUGCGCUACAGGGGAAGUCGGGCCCUCUCACGCUACCGACCAUGGUCCGGGUCCUCUGCGGCGCUAGCGGAGCGACUAGAGAGUGGGGGGCGACUACAGAAGCCCGAGCCGCUACUGGAAGGCGCUGCACCGCUGAGCUUUUUCACUGACGCUAAGGGCGAGGAGGGUCGGGUCUGGGUCGGUGGCUUUCUCGGGCUGGUGGACGGUGGCCAGGGCCCUUGGUUCUCGCUAGAGGUCACUCCGGAGUGGGCCCCCUGGGCUUUCGCUAAGGGCGACCCGGGUAAGGUCAUUGCCGCGCUAGACCAUGCGACCAGCUACUUUGAAGAGUUGGGCAUGGCUAAGAGGACCAAGAAGGCCCCGGUUCGCAAAGCGACCACGUAA